UGUACUUCCGGACUACAAAAUGGCUUCUGCAAGCGGCUGCAAGUUCUGUGCCUCUCCGGUUCUGUUUCUGUUAAAUUUUGCUUUGAUAUUAUUAUUAAUAACUGCAAAAUCCGCAUCGGCUUCCCAGGAGAGAACUAAGACCGAGGAGUUUAAUGUCAGACCCGGGGGAGUGGUGCAUUCGUUCUCCCAGAAAAUGGGGGAAUACAGCUGUAGCUUCACCUAUGCUUCCCAGGGUGGCACUAAUGAGCAAUGGCAGAUGAGUGUGGGUGUGAGUGAGGACGACAGGCUCUUCUCCUGCUCCGUGUGGAGACCCCAGGGGAAGUCCUACCUGUUCUUCACUCAGUUCAAGGCCGAGGUGACGGGCGCUAAGAUUGAAUACGGCAGUGCGUUCUCCCAGGCUGCGGUCGGAGGACAAAAAGACGUGGCACUGAAAGCAGAGGAGUACACAGUGGGAGAAAGCACAGUGACACACAACGAAGGCAAGUUUCGUGCAGAGCUGUCAAAACUCACCAUCAUUGCGAGAACGCGCCACGACGAGCUCUGAUUGGCCUAAAACUGCAGGGAGGGCGGGAUAAGCUCGGAUUUGCUUGGAACAGUGUGACGGAUUCAAUGAACCACCUUGUGAAUAAUCUGCACUUCUAGAGAAACUCUGGAAGUGAGACAAGGAUCCUCCCCCAACACAGUCUAACGAUUCUGUAUGUUUUUUUUAUUUUUUUACAGUAGAGCGAAGGAAGCAAAGGCCUGUUCUCUGUGCACACCCUGUAUAUUGUAGAAUUGCAGAUAUUCUAAACAGUCAGAUAGUUUCAGUACAAAUAACUUACAGUACGAGCAUUCUGCGCCCCUCAGCCAAUCAGUGCCUGGCGUCUGCAGAGGUUGCUGCUCCAUUGUGACAUCAGUACUGUGCAGUGGCUGCAGUCUAUCUCUUCAGCCAGUCAUUGUAGAGAAAAAAAUGCAGUAUAACACACGAUUAAGAACAGGGCUACUGGACAAUGCUUUUUUUUUUUUAUAUAUAUAAAUGUUAUUGUUUUUUGGUGAGAAUUUCUGACUUACUAUAAGCAGCUGACAAAAAAAAAAUAAAAAAUAAAAGAUCUUGGUGUAUAAUAUGA